AUUGGAACGAGACGCUGCUUUGUUCAACAGUAGGAGGGAGGAGGACACACACACAGCUGCUUGUCUUGCCUUGCACGAAUACAGUUUACCGACCUGGACUAUUUACGUUGUAAUAUACAUUAGGAAAACCUUUUCUCUUCCCCGACUGAGAGGAAUUCUGCGUAAGGGAUGUCGAAGCGAGUGCGAAGCAGGGAGGUCUGCGCUGAUUGCAGCGCUCCUGAGCCCCGUUGGGCCUCUGUGAACAGGGGUGUGUUGAUCUGCGACGAGUGCUGCAGCAUCCACCGGGGUCUCGGGCGACACAGCUCUCAAGUCAGGCAUCUGACUCAGUGUUCCUGGCCUCAGUCUCAGCUGCAGAUGGUCCAGACAUUAUAUGGCAAUGGUGCAAAUUCCAUAUGGGAACACAGCCUUCUGGAUCCUUCCUCGUCAGCGAGUGGGAAACGCAAAGCCAACCCUCAGGACAGAGUUCACCCCAACAAGACGGAGUUCAUCAAAGCAAAAUAUCAGAUGUUGGCUUAUGUCCAUCGGAUGCCUUGUCGUGAUGAUGACAGUGUAACAGCAAAGGAUCUCAGUAAGCAACUCCACUCCAGUGUUCGGACCGGGAACCUGGAGACCUGCCUUAGACUUCUAUCUCUAGGAGCACAAGCCAACUUCUUCCACCCAGAGAAAGGUAACACCCCACUGCAUAUAGCCGCAAAGGCAGGUCAGAUUCUACAAGCUGAGCUCUUGGCUGUUUAUGGAGCCGAUCCUGGAGCUCUGGACUCCAGUGGGAAGACACCGAUUGACAACGCAAGACAAGCUGGGCACCAGGAGCUGGCAGAGAGGCUGGUUGAGAUACAAUAUGAACUCACUGACCGGUUAACAUUUUACCUGUGUGGCAGAAGACCUGAUCAUAGAAAUGGGCAGCACUUCAUCAUUCCACAAAUGGCUGACAGAAACAACAGUCUCGAUUUGUCAGAUUUUGCAAAGGCAGCAAAGAAGAAGCUCCAGUCGUUAAGUAACCAUCAAUUUGAGGAACUUGCCAUGGAUGUUUAUGAUGAAGUGGACAGAAGAGAAACUGAUGCAGUCUGGUUGGCCACUCAGAACCACAGCACUCUUGUGACAGACACUACAGUUGUUCCUUUUUUGCCUGUCAACCCUGAAUAUUCAUCCACCAGAAAUCAGGGUCGUCAGAAAUUGGCGAGGUUUAGCGCUCAUGAAUUUGCCACCUUGGUUAUUGAUAUUCUAGCAGAUGCUAAAAGACGACAGUGGGGUAAUUCCUGCGAUAGUCCAAAAGAUAACGUUGAGCUGAUCCUUCAGGGAAUAAACAGUCGCCACAACAGUGAGAGCCAAGACAACGAUCAACCAGAUUAUGACAGUGUGGCAUCUGAUGAAGAUCCAGUACAAGAGGCCACAUGUGGGGAUAGCUGUAACCAUGGGAGGACAAAGAGCUCAGAGUCUUCUGAUCUGUCUGAUGGACCAAUUACAGUGCAGGAGUUCAUGGAGGUGAAGAGUGCCCUGACUGCUUCAGAGGCCAAAAUACAACAGCUUCUCAAAGUCAACUGUCAUCUUAGUAAAGAACUGCAGAUGAUGCAGAGCAAGCUGAGCUCCCUGCAGACUGAAAACACAACGCUGAGAUGGCAAACCCCCGGCGGACAACAACAUCCCCAGGGGCCCUUUGGUCGACAUCCACCCCGCGGAGGUCGCGCCAUGUCGAUGUAUGAGACGGGCUCUGCUCCGAAACAUUUCUCCCACAGAGUGGACAUGGCUCGCCAUGAUGACGGAGUUGUUUUGCAGCCAUUUCCCACCAACAUUGGGAGGGGCCCUUUGGGGACAGCUGCCUCCUCCCUCCCUACCUUCCCCUCUCCCCUGUCCUGGUCGUGGGAUGAGAGAUCUCGCAGGGGCUGUAGUCUUGGAGGACACGGUACAAUGUUGGAGAACGACUAUGACACUACUCCAAACCACUCUGAACUCGAGGAGACUGGCAGUCCGGAAGCUGCUCCUGACUCAGUGGAACCAGGGGUGGAAGGUGAAGAAGAUGCCACUCUGCCGUGCACUGAGGACGUUAUAUGCAAGACGGAGCAGAUCACCAAGAACAUCCAGGAACUCCUGAGAGCUGCACAGGAGACCAAGCAUGAAAGCUUUCUGCCCUGUUCUGAGAAGAUCCGUUUGGCUGUGACCGAGAUGGCCGCCCUAUUUCCCAAGAGGCCGUCCUCGGAGACGGUGCGAAAUUCUCUGUAUCUGCUGACUUCGAGCGCGAGCCGACUUCACGGAGAGUGCCAGAAGGCAGCAGAGCUCAAUCCCUGCCCAUCGGACAUCCAGCUGGUCACUCAGCAGGUCAUCCAGUGUGCCUAUGACAUUGCCAAAGCUGCCAAGCAACUUGUUACUGUCACAACCAAAGAAAACAACAACUAACCUAAACCCAAAGACACUUCUCAAGCACUCAAUGCGCAAUCCAUCUGUUACAGUGCGAGGCUUUCUUUUUAAUCAGUGUUAUAUUUCUGUUUCCUCAACAGUAAUAAGUCUAAGCAUUCACACACAUUCCUUGGGGUGGGAACGUCUCGCCAAAGGAUUCAGAAUCAUAAAGUCAUCAAAAAAUAACUUUUGUCUUUGUGCAGUGCAUUUAUGAAAAGACACAUCCUUACCUCGCAGAGUUAAAUCCCUCUGGUUUCCGAAAGUGCAACGUUGUGCACUUAUGGAACCGAAAUAGAACAACAAGCAGUUCUAAAGAGUUUCUUUGUGUUUUCUCUUUCUCCUCAGUACUGUAUUUGACAUCUGAUGUGGUUCUUGACAUCUGCUUUCUGGCAUGGUCCAAAAGAUUCAGACCAGCAAGGACCACAACUGAUAAACCCUCCCCAGUUUACUCCAGUGGUGAUGGUUUAUUUUUCUAAUAACUGUUGUUUUAGGAAACGGUGGCUGUAUUGUAAUCUAAAAUCUUUGUGAUGUUGCUUGCUUAAAAGUAUACAUUUGUUUAGAAAGCCGACUGUGACGAUGACACAAAACGCCUUUCGGUGUAUUAGACUAUGUUUCAGACCAGCACACUUUCAUUCCAUCCAGCAGGAGAUUUAUGCUUCUCUCUCUCUCAGCUGGUUGAAGAUCUCUUCUUUAGGUAAAGUGUCAGUAGUUAUUGGAGUUAUAAUGUUACAGCCAUACUUGUAAUGCUCAGUGUGUGACUGUGUGUGAGGGAGCGAAGUUGCUCUCAAAUGCGGCGUCCACAAUGGGUUGUGUGAAAACCACUUUGAAUCAGUUUUAACAGCAUUAUGCAAAUAUGUAAGAUGUAUGUAUCCAUGCAAUUCUUUAUCAGAUUAAUCCAAAUGCUAUUCUAUUUAAAAAUGUAUGUCCAUACCUCUAAACAAAUAUCAGUGUUUAUUUUCAUAAGCUUUUGUUCAACACAGCUAACAUUCGUCCUGCUGUUUGGGGCAUCCCAGCUGGCAGUCAAUUAAUGAUAACUUGUGAUCUCAGUGUAUUUGCUGUGGUGCUGUAAUCAAGUGUUUUACACGCUUCCUGUGGUCAAAUGCGUAGUUCUACAUGGCUUACAGCCCACAAUAAAAUAACCGUAACCUCUGUGUACCUAUUGUAGAUCAUAGUGAGCCAGAUGACUUUGACCCAGUUGUGGAAAUGAACUGUAGUUCUUUUCAUGUUACUCAGGUUUAAUUAGACUUCAUAAACAUAAAACAUGUUCACUA